GAUCAGCAGCAACAGAAUGAGACGGAGAGAGAGAUAGAGUGGUAAAGAAUCGGAGGAGAGCUCUACUGAGCACUAAAGGACUACCACACAGGAGUGAUACACACACAGAACCAGGGCAAGACAGAAGCAUGCGGACCAAAGGGGAUGAUAAGAAAAGGUAAGUGACUAAGAAAGCAAGAGCAAAGAUAUUUGUUAAAAAAUAACACUGAGUGUAUAUGUAGUUAAGUGUAUGUGUGUGUGUGCGUGUGUGUGUAUAGGGGAGUGAUAGCAUAAAAGCCUAACAUGUUUUCUUCUCGCGCUGUUAUGGCCAUUUGAGGAAUGUUUCUGGUCUGGUAGCCCAAGGCAAAUACUUUAUUUUUCAAAGAUGCUCAUUCAAGAUUUAAGGUUUUGAAUGAAGGUAACUGGUUUUAUGGAAGGAGGCACCAGAGAGCUAACUGGAGUGCAGGAAAAAAAUCCAUAGGUUAAACCUCUGGGCUACAUAGAUAAACAUACAAACAAACAAUCCAAAAAACACACAAAUUUUGGCUUGGUGGAUGUCUCAUUCCUUACAGAGUCAGUCGUCUGCUAAAAGUGUAUUUAUAUAUCAGAUGGUCUAUCUGUUUUAUGGAAACCUUAUAAGUGUAUUUUCGCAAAAAAGGAAGAAAAAAGUAGUAUGAUCACUGCAUUAGUAUCGACAGCAGAUACGCUGUGUGUGUGUGUGUGUGUGUGUGUGUGUGUGUGUGGCAGGUGAGUAAUCCCAUCCAUCUGUCACAGUAGGAUUUGAUUCACAUGAAUACGUCUGUGUGUGCUUAAGUGAGUGUGUUUCAUAAUGCAAUAUUAAUUACAAGUUUUCCUUUAACAACGAUUCCGAACAUUCCUGUGUGUUUAUGGGAAUACGUGUGUGUCUUUGCUGCCCGACUAAUAUUAAAAGCCUCUGAACCAAUCAUCGGGACAGCUAGUGUAGCUUUAAUGUGGGAUUAUAAAGCAAUAACCCUUCUCUUUAUACACUAAUGCUGACCUCAUGCAUCUGUGUUUGUGUGUAUGCGCGCGUUUGUUUUAAAACGAUCAAAUCUGUAUACAGACAUCUCAAACUGAGACAGUGUGGAUUUAUGUGACCUGUGUGCAAAAUUUAUAUAACCUCAUAACAUAAAUCAGGAUCACAAUCUGUGCAUAUCUGUAUGUGUGUGCGUGUGUGUAUGUGUUACACUAUCACACAGUCCAGUCUUUCACUUGCACAAACACAUCAACAAGUUGAAAAAUGAAAAGAAAAAUAAUGUUGUUUCUAGUCCUACAGCGACAUGUCUACAGGGCUACAGCAAAAUAACCGCACUUGUUGAAUAAAUUUAUUAAAUUUAAAUUACUCGCUUUUACUGCUGUGUGGGAUGUUUAGCCAAAAACAGUUAAUUGUACUCUGUUGUGAGUCAUUAUUGUUGCUGUAGAAGGGAAUCUGUUUUCAGUUUGACUUUCUUGACUGCUUGCGCAAUAUUUGAACUCCUCCUCCCUCUAUGUAUGCUGUGUUUCCUCUGCCAUAAGCUACUGCACAACCCUAAACAAGAGUCAUUCCAGCUAACAAGGUGUUCUUUUCAUCAAAUGCUGCUCCUUUCUCCACACAUGCCUUCGAUAACUGCAGCCAAACAGCUCAAUUUGAACUUCAUCUGUCUUCGGUACUUCCUUCCAAAUUGAGACUGACUUAUUCAGAUGUUAUUUUGCAUACUUAAGAUGCUGAAUUUGUUGUGAGAAUGAAGGACGUUUUCCCCGUUCUGCCUUCUCUACAUGGGUACUGUUUGUGCAUCAUGUCUGCACAUGGAAACAGUGCAUUUCUGCUGCGGCACCGUCCUGUAGGCCUUUUGUUGCCAUGUGUUGGUUUUGCUUUUCCUUUUUGCCCAGCAUGUACAGAUUUAUAAAAUAAAAAAGUUUUCUUGAUUUUUAUAAAUUUUGCAUUUUCAUUACCGCUAUUUCAGAAAGUGGAAUUUUCAAGCUGGUAGUUUGUUUUUUGUUUUUUUAGAAAAGAGUUUUUGUCAAUAUUCAGACAAGUAUUACUAUUCUAACAUCAUUAGUCACUGACAUUGGAAAACACUUGUUUAACCUAAGUUAAACACCUUAAGUAAAACUUAUCUUAAAAAAAAAAAUGCCCUAUUCACCUAAAUGAAAUAAUAAAUAUGUCAAAGACAAGCUGGGACUCUUUUGGGUCUUUUAUGAAGGGCCAAAAGCCACCGCUUAAAGGAACGGGGUGCAUUGGAUUUCUAAACAGCAUUCAAACUCAUAAGUAAAAGUAAAAUGUAAUUUUUCAGAUCACCAGUCAGCCCUGGUGUUACCAUGAAAUCUGAAAUAGAGGAUCAAUGAAUCAAGAAUGAAUCAAGCUCUGGACUCCCAAUGAUGAUUCUUUCUAUUGAGUCAAUUAAAGUCUAAUGAACCGCUGAUGUUAUGAAACCUUAAAAGCACAAAGAUGACCAAGCACACAUGACAGAGCAGCAUAUUAUCAGUUCGUGAAAAGUUAAUAAGCAGAUAAAACCCCCUGAAAACCACAUCCAUAUUUGAAUAAAACCCAAUUUUUAUCUCUGUUUUCUGCAGUGGUUGCACUCAGUUCUUCUCACUUUAACAUAAUAUGCAAUAUUUUCAGGAGUGUCCAAAUUUUAGCAUGCCACUUUACAAAGAGCCUGUCAUGGUUAUUAGGAAUGCACCAGAAUGUUGCUAAGGCUUUUCUCUGCUCUUGUUCUGGGAAAAAUAAUAAUGAAUAGCUGAUGUGUGAAGGCAGGAAUUUGAUUCAGGACCAAUGAAAUCUUUCUCGAAGAUUCUUGAAUAUUUUCAACAAUGUGCUUUAUGAAUUCAUAUUCUUUAUUUACAUAUAAACAUGUUUUCUUUGCAUAUGUCUAGGCCUGAUUUGUUUGUAACACUCCUGAGUUGGACUUCAUUUAUUUGGUAAUAACUUCUAACUUGUAUAAACUUAUACAGAAAGUAAUUUAUGUGUCUAGUAGUAAAUGCACAAAUACAGGUUCACAUAUUGGAAACAACUUUAGUACAGGAAUUACAUCUAAAAUUAUACACUGAGAAAACCUAAUCAGUAGGUAGCUUUAAACUACAUUGACUUUUAUCACAUUCAGUGUCUGCAGGUUCACAAAUAAUGGAGAGAAAGAAAUAAGACAUAAAAAAAGAAAGAAGAAAUAAAAAGAAAGAAAUAAAGAAAUAAAGGUUCAGUCAGUCGACAGGAAGACAGAAAGAGGAAUCCAAAGAAGUAUGUACUGGCAUGCACAGAUGAAGUUAUAUGUGUGUGUGUCUGUGCAUCUGUCAGUGCAUCCGCACGUGCAUGUCAGUGACACUUUAGCCGCUCUGCUAACCAGACACACUGUGAACAAGUGAUGAGAAACAGAUGAGAUGCGGUGAAAGACAAAAGGACACAAAAGUCAGAAUGGUGGGAAGAUGGAUGUGUGAAAGGGAGCGAGGGCAGCAGGGGCAACAAGAUGAAGAGAUGAGAGGAGGAGGAAUAGAUUAGGGGUUAAUGAUGGAGAUAUUGGAUGGGAUGUGCAGGCAGGAUGAGUGAUAUCGAAGAGAAGAGAACAAUGAGAUGAUAAAAAGAGUACAAAGACAAAAGGUAGUAAUCAGGAUGACGACAGGUGACCAAGGGGAAAAGAAAGGUGACUGGAGAAAAAAAUGCUCAGAGAGAGAAGAGUACACAGUAAAAGCCAAAAUGUAAACCUCUGAUGAUAUCACACCCUAUUAGCUACACUGAUAAGAUUUUUAUGUAGUAGUGCAUCUGUGGCGUCUCCUCUAACUCAAACACUUUGUUUUCCCCUCUUAGCUGACUCGGUCUAGUUUUCCACUCUAUCAUGUUUAUCUCCUAUUAUUAAGUAUUUGGUGCUAAAUAUCUCAUAAAUAUGCUGUUUUCCUUUGGUUUCUCUGCCCCGCUGCUCAACCAGCAAACAUUACUCCAGCAGACAACAAAACAAAUGAAUUAAAUCGCCAGAUGGAUUUGUCAAUAAUGUGCUCUUGGUCUGUAAUGUAUUGCAGCCCUUUUCUUAUUAUAGGUUCCUAACAGGUUAUAAAUAAGCUUACAGCAUUAAAACCGAAUUGACUUUUUUUUCCUCUGGGGUCUUUCUGACUGGAAAAGAACAUUGCUUUGAAUUAUUUCCUAUUUGUUGCCACAUACACGAGGAGUAAGGGCUGAAAGGGCUACAAGUUUUUAAUAAAAUCCAUUGUUAUGAGAUCAGUUUUGUUUUUCCCACUUUGUGUCGUCGUGCCGUGCCUUUUGAUUGGGGUUGCACCACGACCGAAGGUAGACAUGUUUAAACAUCAAUACGAACCCUUUCAUUCCUCUACUAGAGGGAGUCCCUGAGAAAGAAAAAAAGACUGUAAUGACUUACAGUGUCUGUUUACAGUGUUCAUGCACUGAACAGACUAAAACCCUUCAGAUUUACUUUCAAUUAGUGACAUUGUUUGCCUUAUCUGAGUUUCUUCUUAGACAGACGUGCGGGGAAGUCUGCCUCUCAGUUCUCUGUUUAAUUUAUUUUCUGCUUCUGCUUAAUUUAUGCAUCUCUGAUUCCAAACAUGCAGAAACAAAAACACACACACACAAACGCAAAGUACAUAUACACAGAGUUUGUCCAAUGUAAAUUUUUCAUGAACAUUCAGUACACAGGGCGCCGCAGAGCAUUUUCCAUUUUCCUGUUGUUUGUGAAGUGGUUGGGAUUUGAGUUUGUCUAUAAAAACCCCAAUUAAGUCCUCUUUUGCAUCUUUUUUGUGUUGCUUGGAGAGCAACAGUGACCACAGUUUGCACUGCAUACCUUUAAGAGGAACCUGAGUAUCUCAGUUACUCUCUCAUUAAUAUUACGCACAAUCUUCCCAAAACAAUUCUUCACUUAGACCCUUACUUGCUGGCUUAGUGAAAUGUUUGGCUUUUUGUGUAUGAACAUUAGCCUUUUGUGACUUCCCUCUUUCCAGUUGAGAUGCUAAUUUAUGGGCACUGUUCCUAAAAAAUACAGCUGCUCUCAAUUAAAAUGCAGAAUGACAACGGCUGCAGAAUCAGCUGUGUAUAUGUCCUUUUUUAUUUUGAUGAUUAAUACCGGAUUCAUUUUUCUAUGAGUUACCGGAAGAAGUGUUAUACUGGGACACUUAACAAAGGUGAAAUCACUAAUUAAAAAUGCAAACAAACACAAAGAGACACAGUAUGUAUAUCAUCAUAUUGAAUUUGAGGCUGACUUCACAUUUUGAAAACUACAGACAAACAGAAAAUAUAUAGGGUACAUAUAGGGUACUGUGCAUCAAACAGUAUUGUCACAAAGCUAAAGAGGAGUCCUGCAACAGACACCCCCCACAGAGCACUGAUCUCAGCAUCAUGGAGUCAGCCUGGGAUUAAACGAGGAGACAGAACACAGUAAGACAGCCCAAAUCCACAGAUGAACUGUGGCAAAUUCUCUAGGAUGCUUGGAACACACUAACUGCUUUGAAAAAUGUGAACCAAUGAGAACUGGUGUGGUUUCACGGACAAGGGCGCUCAUACUAAAUAUUGAUUGUUUUUUUCCCCCAUCUCCUGCAUUUUGAAGAAAGUUAACUGAAAAAAAAAAGAAUAUUGUGGCAAAGUAAUAAAAGCAAUGCAAGAUACUGAACAAACUUAUAUUUUUAUAUUACAAUUCUUUGAGGGGAGCUUAGUAUCUUGCUUGAUAGCUUGUCUGCUUAUUGUAGCAAAGAGUCAGAGAGAUGGUCUUACAAGGUGCUCAAAUAUUUAAAUGGCAGGUGUGGCAAUCCUAUCUCCUGCAGUUAUCCCAUACAAAAUGCCUCCGCACAGUGUUUUAUUUGAUUUAUACGUGCGAGAAUAUUAAAUGUCUAAAAAGUAUCUUCCUAUCCAAUAUAACAGUUGUAAGAAAUGGACAGAAAUUAUUUCUCAUAAAGGUCUCUGAUAGAAUAAAACUUGCAGGAGGCAGAAAAAGAAGAAGAAAGAAGAUGCAGCUCUCACCUCACUGUUCUAAGUCCCUCCCACCAGACAUAGGGCGUCCACACUAAAUAGCAGGUGUUUCACAUGGAAUAGAAAUAGGAUAAUGCUGACUUUUAAGCUUCAUGUGACAUUUAGAACCCACUCUUCUAGCUGAAAGUUUUGCGCUUAACCCACUGCAGAGCUACAUCUUACAAUGUUGCUCUUUGUUCGACUUUAUACUACGCCGGUUCUUGUCUGAACAGAUCUGUGAUCAACCAACGUCUCUCUCUGAGGAGUAGACUUGUUAAAAUCCUGAAAACAAAGCUAACAGAAAGUGAAGGAGUCUGUUUCCUCUCAGACACUUUGAAUUACAAUAUGCUGAAAGGUUAUUAUAGAUUUUUCUUCCAGUGGCACCAAAAACACAUUGCCUACCAUUUAAGUUUCAAACACAUGUUAAAUCAGAGGUGUAAGAUUAGAAAGGUUUGGCAAUAUAUAACAGAGAAAUGUUUUUGUUGCCUUGAACCCAAACAACAGUGGCUGGAGGGAAAAAAGCCUAAUGAACUGCACAAAAUGCACUGUGUGCCCCGUCUCAAAGGGCCAAUAAAGUGCUGCGUUUGUUCUGUUCUGGUGGUGAGUGGGUGAGAGAUAGUAACUGAAAGGGGUGGUGUGAUUACAGAGCAGUAAAGCAACUCUCAGUCUCCCUAAAAACGCUUGCACACACGCACACACACACACACACACACACACACACACACACACACAGGGCCUGUCAAUCGGCAGUUGAAAAAUGAGACUCACCUUGAAACGACAGGGGACUCGAUUCGCUGGAGCAUUCAGCGCUCUGUUACCACUGCAAAGGCGUGGGUGCGCACUCAUUCACAGACACAUGUAAAAAACAUGCAGGGCAUCGCUGAGACUGCCUGUGUCAUAGACAAUGCUUUAAAAGCUCAAACCCACCGACUGGCAAAUUAAACUCAUUGCAUGUAUAAACAGAUUUCAUAAAAGGCUGCACCCUGUCAAGAAACUCCCUGCGGUGUUGAAAGGCUUGUAUGGUCUGUGUGCGUGAUGACAGAUGCUCAAGCACACUUGCGGUGUUCAUUGAUUACUGGCAAGCAAUGUGUGUGGCAUCCCAGAUCUUUUUUUCUUCCUUUCCUUUAAUGUUUGUCUCUUCACACAUCCUCCUCCUUCUCCUCCAGUCUUCUGUUUUUACUUUUAUCUUUUAAAAAAGUCAUUCAGAUUAUGAAAGGAGAAACUGAUUGGAGAUUUAAAGCAACUAUAGAAAAUUAGGCCUUCACAUCUCUUCCGCUGACCCACACAUACAAAUGCUCGUGCGAGUCCUUCAUCUUGUCCACAGUUCUGCUAAUACAUCUGUUCUCUCGCUGUCAUCCCCUGGCCACCUGUCAGCCCUGCCUGUGCCGGCGUCUACCCUGUUAUCCUCUUCAGUUGCCUCCCCUUUAUCCCCCAGAUGACAAUGUUUCCUCCCUUUCUCCUCCCCGUUUAUUUUGCACAGCCAGAGGUGAAAUGUUGGUGAGAGACUACGUUUAUAUAUAAAGAACAAAGAGGAGGCGAGAGAAGCACAGAGAAAAUCAAAGGUUGCAUGACAGAGAUGGAAGAGAGGGUGCUGAGUGGGAAAGUGUGACAACAAACACAGCAAGUGAUGAAAGAGCGAUGCGAGGUUAGUGCUAUCCUUUAAGAUUUAAAAGAGGGGGAAGUGAUUGAGAAAAAGAGAAGGGUAGAGAGUCUGAGAUACACAGAGUGUGAGCUGGAUUUCUGAGGAUAUGGUGUCACUUUCUGCCUGACAUCAUGCAGGUCAGGGGUGAAGAGUCAGACUUCAAAAAGGAACACACACAAAAUGAUGAAAGUAAGAAAGAAAGAAAAAACUUGCAGCAGGUGCUCUGCUGUCUGAUGAGGCUGCUGAUGGAAAGGCAAGUCAGCUGCAGUGGAAUUACCUUUAGUUCACUCAGUCUGAAUCCCAAGACAAGCUGCUUGACAGCUCUUAUACACAAUCAAACACACAAAUGGGGACAUAUGCAUGCACAUAUGCAUCCUUCCUUUCUCUUUCUCUCUCUUUUUUGCACUCACAAACACCGGCUAGCUCUCUUCUUCUUGCUUUCCCUCUCCAUCUGUUUCUCACCACAGAAAUGCCAUCAUCAUCUGCAAUUUGUUUGUGCAAACAACGAAUCUCAGUGCUUUUCUCAUUCACCCAGUCGCUGUGCCCUGUUAAAGUUAAAGUUAAAGCUUCAGUCGUCCACUCCAGGAAAGUGAUUACCACAGUUAGCACAGUAAACAAUAAUAAGCAGUCUGGGCUGUCAAUAAUGCGAGACCCCUCCCUGGCAAUGUCACACUCCACAAGCGAAACACACUGUCAAGAUAUUUAUAUAAGUAGGAGCAAUAUGUCACUGAAACAGAAAUCCUUUGAUCUUUAAUGCCUUAUGCAGAAACCUUACAUUUCAAAGCACCACUGUCACUGAAGCUCUCAAGCAAUGCAGUGCACUGUGUGACACUUAUUGUUUUCUAUGUCUAGAAAGUUUCAGACGCAGGAUGCAGGCUGAACAGUCUAAAUUUAAACUGUUCCUUGUUCAGCACUUCAGCUCAUGGGCAAGCCCACCAGCAUCAGUAUUAAUAUUUAAUUUUUUUUAAAUGAAAACUGAAAAGAGUCUGACAACCUUAAUUACAGUUGCUGUCAGGGAAAAAGGGGGGGAAAAGGCUAAGAUGUCAAUUUUUAUUCUCCUUGUGCAGUCAAAACAGCAUGGGGUAUUAGGCUUAGGUCAUGACAGGGCAUUGGUAUGAGUGAAUGGGUACAAGCCUCUCAUUCUGAAUACAUAUGAAAUAUUAGAGUAGCAGUCAGGCUCACUGCAGUUAGGAUGUGUUACCUGUCCACUGGUGAGCACAUAAUUUUACCUGCUAUAGUGCCAGAGCCGACAAGCUGUUUUAAAACUUCUCAAAACCCUGAGAAAGAAUUCUUUACAAUAAUGAAACAAUAGAAGAUUUUUUUGUUUGUAAUCUCAUGGGUUCUUACACUAUUAGGUGAACAUGGCUAUAGCUGAUUUAUUUCUCUCUCCCUCGUUCUCUCUCUCUCUAUAUCUUUUAGUUUUUUCCACAAUUGACCGUAUACAGCAAGAAUCUGUGUGACAUGUUGCACCAGCUGGUGUAAACUAAGCCAUUCAUCUUCCCUGUGUGUGUUUGAUUACGUGUGUGUGUCUGUGUGUGUGUAUGCAGCCAGCUUUUGCACCCCACACUGGCUGAAUAGAGUGACAACGUUGUUUGUGAAGAUAGAAGAUAGAAGAAAAAACGAAGACACAAAGAUUUCAGCCUAGAUACACACACAAGCCUAAUUUCAUGGACAAAUUACCUCACACCAGCUGCAGACCAGCUUUGUGUGCGGCAGUGAGGGAUCAAAGGUGGACGGUGACUGACUUUUUAAACACAGGCGGACAAAAAGAAAUUUUCUACAAUAUAUGAGCUGGAUCUGCAACAAGUUUAAAAUGUAUUGUUGCUUGAGUUCUGUGCAGACAGCAAAUGCACUGCACUGCCAUUUAUCCUCAAGAGCCAAACUGUGUGUAAUUACAUUAGCUCAAAUUAGCAUAGCUCCAUUAGCUAAAACGAAAUAUACCAGACAAAUGUUCCUGCAUCCACUUUUCCAUGCUCUUAAAUAUAGUACCAGUUGGGUAAGUUAUUUAAAUAGCGCUCUUUUUUCUUCCUUAUCUGUCUUUUUCUUUUUGAUGUACCCUGCCCAUAUUUCCUGCAAUAGCCCAAAAUCCUGAUAUGGAAAAAAACAGUAAAUAUAAUAGAAUUCUGGCCCAGUUUCAUCAGCUAAUCGCAGUGACACAGUGCGCCACUGAAUUACACUGAGUCAGUGAUCUGAAAUGAUAAAGACUAAAUGGCUAAUUUUGCUUCUCUCCCAAUCAAUGCAAAAAUUUUAGACUAAGCAAAAUAACACAAAACAAAGAUAAGACCUUAACAUAAUUUAGUCAUGGAUUAACAUUAAAUUUCCUUGCUUUUAAAAAAUUCAGUUAAAAAAACAUUUAAAAUAGACCGAAGGGCACAAUGUCUGUAUAGAUUACUAGACACAAAAGAAACAUUAAACAUGGAACAAUGCUAUAGAGUUGAUCACAAAAUUAUUAAAUUAUCUUAACUCAUUUGAAACAUUUCCAAACUGCUUUUACGACAAAUGAUAACAAAUGAUUAGUUAUAAGUCUACAAACUAUUAUGGAAUGUAAAGAAAGAAAAAAUAAUUUUAAAUGUGUUGUAAUGUUUAAAAUGAAAUUAAAUUAAAGUGAUCCAAGCUCCUUAGAUCACUUAAUAAAAGAAUUAAGCAGCAUUUUUAAAUUGACAGGAUCUAUAGCUCCUGUGAUUUGUAUGCAACUCCCAACUCUAUAGAGAAACAUGCAAUUGCCCAUAACCUACCCUGAACAUAUUCUAUAGUCUUUUCAUUCUCCUUGAUGGGAUUUAAAGUUUUGCCACUGUUACUCUCACCCACCUGCUAGGGUAAUAAGAACUUGAUAGACCUAUAUUGAUCUGGUCAGUGUAUGCUCUCAGUCGAGGUCGAAGCUUUUACACGGUGCUUUACGUGCCUAAUGUCUAUGUCUUCUUGCCAGUCUGACUAUUUCUUGCCAGUUUCUCUUGUUUCUACCUUUGUUUCUAUCAUUCAUUGCCUUUAUUUCUUUCCUCUCUCCAGAACAAACCAGCAAUGCCCAGAAAAGCAAUCCAACUCAUCAUCUGCGGGCCUCUGGUUGGAAACUGAGAAAAGCUUUGACAGUGUCAUCCAGUCGGAAGUAGCUCAAGUAAUAAGAUCAUUAAUGGAAGAAAGUUGAGAGUCUACAGCUUUAUUGGAUAUUGAAUUCCUUUCUCCAGCUCCCUAAAAACUCUUUCACAUAAAUUAAUUUGGGUAAACAAGAGCUGGAAACAUCUUGGAUUGCGCUUAGAUCUAAUCUUGCUGGCGGCUGAUGUCGCUGCUUGCCUCCAUCCCUUUCAGCUCCUCAGGGGGCUGAGCAAGCCUCCAGAGGAGUAUGGGCAGGAGGGUGGCUGACCCAACAAAUCCAGUCCCUGCACUGGGAGUUCCCCUGGCGGGGGGGCGAUGGGGCCCACUGUGCAGUGUCGGGGUGCAGACAUCUCCCAGACUUCGGACUCUCCCCUCCAUCAAACGCCACAGCAGCCAACCAACCAACACACCUCGGCUCCUCACCAUGGCAACAGACAAAACAACAACAACAGCAGAGGCGGGGGGAGUUAUCAGAAGUGACAGCAACAGUCUGCCGGUGUCAAAAGAGACAUCUCAAAACGAGAUCAACAGCCUGACACAGGACGACAUGGGGUCACAGGGAUCAGGCAGUGGAGUUUACUGCCAGAUCAAAAACAUACGGACAAACCCAAAGGACACGAGAGGUAAAAGGACAGCUCGGUACACAAAUGGCAGUGUGGUAGCCUCUGAUGUGGUGGGAGGGGUUUGCAGUGAAGCCACAGAAGGUAAGGAGCCUGCCCAAGAGAGGAGAAGGGUGCAGUCUCUACGAGGGGAGGGUCAUCGCACGGUGUUAAAGACAGUAAGCGUUUGUACAACUGUGCACGCCACCCCACCUCGGCCCUGCAGAGUAAUGACGACUUCUCCGCCUCGCCUUUGUGGGACAUGUGGGAGGAGACGAUCUCAGAUUUCGCCGUGCACUGGUGCAUGUCGCAGGAGGGCAGUUAAUCAAAUAACAGCUAGCCAGACUUUACCUAAUCCGCCACGGAAACCGCCUGUGGCUCCUAAUCAGUCAAGAAAAGACUCUGCUACUAUGAACUCCCAGUCUUGCACCAAAAAAACAGACACAGCCAACACACAGCAACACACAUCAGUAAAGACUACUCAAUUAUCACAGCUGUCGCACACUAUACCAAAAGCGCACAGUUCACACUCAAACCACGCAACACACACUCAGAACAAAGCCAAAGAUUCACAGCAGCACAUGAGGCCACACUCUGCAGAAUUUACCUCUUACAAGGACUCCUCCACGCAGACAACAGAUACACAAAGUAACACAGAUAGGACCACAGCUGACAUGCAUACACAACAAACACACACGCCAACUUUAGAGGUGAUAAAAUCACACUCAAAUGAUGAACGCAGUCAAGUUGUGGCUCAAGGCCAACGCACUGAUGAAGAGUCACAUCAGAACACAGUAGCCCGUAUUGCUUUGAAGUCUCCAGCUCCUUCCUGUCACAGUAGCUCAAAAUCUAGCACCACCCCACCUCUUCCACCAAAAAAUUGUCCUCUAUCCACUCAGUCCAAACCAGCCACAUCUGUAGCGCAAAACGAAACCCAGGAGACCACAAACGUACCGAAACGAUCCUUAGAACGGAUCAAACUCAAGGACUACACAAAUCAGAAGAGCAAAUCAUUCGAUGACCACACUCUGCCUUGUAAGACUCAUAUGAAAGCACAAUGCAAUGGGGCACCGGGAGGACUUCUGGACGGACAUGCAGUACAAGCACCACGUGGAUUGGAGAAGCAGCUGCAGAGUGUGGAGGAGAACCUGCUGUCCAAUCAGGAGAAGAUAAAGGUGCUUCUCAACGUGAUUCAAGACUUGGAGAAGAGCAAAGCCUUCACUGAAGGUCGCAGCUCAUACAGAACUGGUCAGGACAUAAACAACUGCCCCACCUGCCAAAAGACAGCCUGCAUCAUCUACAGUGUGGAGCAUGAUUUUAGACAGCAGGAGGGACGUUUCCAGGGGGUUAUAGAGGCCCUAGAGGGGGAAUAUGAUGUGCCUGCACCAACUCUGACCAAGCCGACGCCAGCCCCGGCAUCCUCCAGUCGCCCCAGUACCAAGGCACGGGUCAAGAAACUGCGCAAGAAGUGUUUCUGGUGGCUCUAAGCUCUAAGAGUUGGAAAAGCCACAACUGGCCUUCUGGGCAGCAGGUGCAGGAGCGGAUUAUAUUUCAGGGGAUCCAAGAUGUUGCGGAGUAAAGCAUGUGGGUGUGCACUGAGCUUAAGUUUAAAUUCAGAAGGUGAUCUUUUCUGAGCAGAAAACAUGGACUGUGAAUGGCACAUUUUCCACAGUAACCAAUCCUGAGCCCUGUACACCGGUGACAAGGUAGAAAAAAAAAGGAAAUGUGAUGAGGCUGUUAAACUUUCUUGACUGCUUGGGAGGAAGAAGGUGAAAUUGGCAGAAACCAGUAUUUGCUGGCUAAUUUGAGAUUACAUUUCGCCUGACAGUGAGGACAGUGUUUUUCAAUAACAAAUCUGCUGCAGACAGAUGAAGCAUUGUCACUCUAGACAGCAUACAGUUUGUCACUUGGCUCAGUGGCUAUUUCAACAGAUGGACAGAUGUACGAGCUGGGAAUGAAUCGUUAUAACAGUUUUGGAUAAAUUACAGCAAUAAGCAGGGGAAUGUAAAUGAAUGUGAAAAACAAAGGAAUAUAAAAAUUAAUUUGAAUGCUAUGUUUUUGGAUGGCUGGACAGACAUAAUUUGAAUGUAGCAACAACUGAAGCACUUGAAGGAUAUCAUGGGAAAACAAGCUGAUGAACUGUCUGGACACACAGCUUGCUCACUGAGUCAUCAGGAUUUCACAGGGAAAGUACAGAUUGUAUUAAGAAUACAUUAACAGACAAUGUGAUACACAGCUGAUUGAAGACUGACAGCCUUUGUCAGAUAAUUAAAAUUUCUGUCAACCCUGAGUGACAGAGUAAUCGAUUCUCUCCUUUAUUAUCAUCCAAAAUGGAAGUGUUUUGCUGCAGUCUCAAUUGUGUUUCAAGGAUCUUUACACACGUGUGCAUUCGAACGCAUGCACUUAGUGGCAUUGACAAGCGGGCAUCAGUUUACACAUAAAGCAUACUCACUGAAAUACAAACAACUGACUCCUCUCUCACACAGUAAACACUCAAUACAUUUGUGAACCAGUGCAAACUAAGAACAGACCUGUCAAUCCAUUUUAAUGACUGGCCUGUUUAAAUGUUGAGUAUCAAUAUACAAUGUAUACAGUAGGCACCAAUGAAUUGUUGUUUUUCAAAAUUUACCAUUGCACAAAUUGUGCAGGUGAGUGCUGUGUUGGUACAACACAAUGUGAAGCUUUAGAGAACAGGAAGAUAACCAGAAAAAUUAAUUUAAAAAAACCUGAAAAGGUUCAAUCUCUUUCUUAAUACCAACAGCACACUUCAACUUAGUCAUGUAAAAUAUAUCAGACAAUCAUUUCAAUAAUAUAGGUGUUCUGUAGCAUUCAGGCCACACUUGCCCUCCUAAUCAACAAAUAUUAGUGCUAAACUUUAAAUUUAGGUUAACAAAAUAUACAAAAUGAGUCACUAAGGGUGAAGAGUUUUUGAAGAUUUUUUUCCCAAAGGGAAACAAUAUAUUUGUAAAAGCAUAGCACAACUGGUAGAUAAACAGAAAUUUUUGCAAACAGCAUUCAUCUGGACAUUAAUUUUGUACACACAGACACACACACACAGAGCAUUCACAACCUGCUUUGUUCACAGCAGUUUAGAGCUUAACAACUGAUCUCACAAGGGCGUCCUUCAACUGCUUAUGGCUGUACAGUUGCCACCAAAUACAAUCCUGGAUGAUACUACACUUAGUAAUUAACCAGUUUAUGCGCAAAAUGCUCUGUCCCUGCAUUUUCUUAAGCUUUCCCAUGACAGUGUGUGAGCCCUCACGAUCCCUCUUGUAUGUGCAAUAAAAUUGUGUAUUUUAAACAAAAUACUCUGCUGUCAACAUAUUUUGUGUUUCAAAAACAAACUGAAUACCAUAGCGGAGUAAAUUAAGGUGCUUUCUUGCAAAUCCUUUUUGAUAAACAUGGUAUCAGCAGGGAAAAUA